UGUUCCCCCGCCUUCCAUGCCGUCCUCCACCAGGCAACAGUCGAAGCUCGUCGACGAGUCCGUUCCUGCCGACCUCAAUAUUCCCGACAACUACGUCCAGCACACUCUCAAAACAAUAAAACCCCUUCCACCCGUCACUUGGAGUAACUGGACCACAGAGCUCGACUAUCUCAACGUCGCUAUCCUCACCCUCACCCCCGUCGUUGGCCUUGUUGGUGCCUACUUUACAGAGCUCCGUUGGGAAACCUGUCUUUUCGCUAUUUUCUACUACUACGUGACAGGCCUUGGCAUCACCGCAGGCUAUCAUCGUCUGUGGGCUCAUCGCGCAUACAACGCAUCAUUGCCUCUGCAAUAUUUUUUGGCUAUCGUUGGUGCAGGUGCCGUUGAGGGUUCUAUCAAGUGGUGGUCACGAGGUCAUCGAGCUCACCACCGUUACACCGACACCGACCUUGACCCUUACAAUGCUCAUCGUGGCUUUUUUUACUCCCAUGUCGGUUGGAUGAUGAUUAAGCCCAGAAGGAAGCCAGGCGUCGCAGACGUUAGCGACCUUGCAAAGAAUCCCGUCAUUCGCUGGCAACACAAGCAUUAUAUUGCGCUCAUUUUCCUCAUGGGCUUCAUUCUUCCAACCGUUGUUCCGUGGUUAUUGUGGGGAGAUGCUCAAGGUGGAUACAUAUAUGCUGGUGUUCUCAGGUUGUGCUUUGUCCACCACUCCACAUUCUGCGUCAACUCGCUUGCGCAUUGGCUUGGAGAGACUCCUUUCGAUGACAAGCACACACCUCGCGACCAUCUCAUAACCGCAUUGGCGACAAUUGGGGAGGGCUAUCACAAUUUCCACCAUCAGUUCCCUAUGGAUUACCGAAACGCCAUCAAGUGGUACCAGUAUGACCCCACCAAGUGGUUCAUCUGGGCAUGUCAGAAGCUUGGCUUGGCUUCCCACCUCAAGGUUUUCCCUGACAACGAAGUCCGAAAAGGUCAACUAACGAUGGAGUUGAAGAAGCUUAGGGAGACGCAGGAGAAGCUGUCUUGGCCCAAUGAUAGCAAUGACCUGCCUGUGAUCAGUUGGGAAAGCUUCCAAGAGCAAGCUCUGAAGCGACCUCUCAUUCUUAUUUCCGGCUUUAUUCACGACGUCGGAACAUUUGUUGAUGAACAUCCCGGUGGCCCACAUUUGUUGAUCAAAUUCAUUGGCAAGGACGCUACAACAGCCUUCUUUGGCGGUGUUUACGAUCACUCAAAUGCUGCUCACAACCUCCUCGCAAUGAAGCGCGUUGGUGUCCUCCAUGGAGGUGCACCCCACGGCCUGGAAGAUAAGAUGAUACCACCCAGUCAACGGCUGAAGAUUGCGCGGUACACCGAGCUCACGUCUCCAUACAACAGCAGCACCGCGUACUCGGACGGGGAAGGGAUGCUCGGUUGAUAUAAUUCGCCCGCUGGUCGCUGAAUUUUUGGGUCUGAAGGAAGGAAAGGAAUACCGCAGAUAGAAGUGUUUAUAUAACGACGAUUCGAUGACGCCGACAUUACAUUUGGUCAUACCUUUCUUUUACAAAGUAGCAUAUUACGAGUUUUCGCAACGCAGCUGUCGUGACUAGAUCAUAGCUUUGUGUGCCAAUGCAUUAUAAUUAUAUCGCAUCU